GCACACACACACACACACACACACACACACACACACACACACACGCGCGCGUGCGCGCCUGUUGUUUGCAUUCAGUCAUCCUUGCAGAAUGACUAUACAAAUGCAGCCACCACCUCUCAACGUGUCUGUGUUGCAACGCACACACACUGACCACAUGCAUGCAAAAAUACAGCUCAGUAAAGCAUUAGGAACACAAAUAAAUACAGACGCAUGCACGCACAUACACUUGCAUCAAUCAAUCUUAAAGACAUAUAACUGGCUCCAAUGAUGGAUCCCAGGCCUCAGUUUAGAUUACUUCGGAAAAGGAUUUGCCUGCUUCUCUGACGCUGACCGAUCUUAUCAGAAUCCGCAGAGCCAACUGGAUCGCCUUCAAAGUACAAGACCCCACCCGAGCUCGGUACAGGCGGCAGGAAGGGAAUGCCGUGAUUAAAAGCAUCACAGUUAAUUGACCUGGGUUAAAUCCUGUUGUCACAGAUAUAUUUUUACACCGUGUGCUUUUGGUAGAUGAGAGAUGAUGAUGAUGAUGAUGAUGAUGAUCAUCCCCGGCCUGUUCCCCACAGCCCAGAGGAAGCACGGUGGGGGUGUUUUGGCUGUGACGCAUAAGAGUUAGGGAGGGCUUUGGCUGCAACACACAGUAGUUAGGGAGCUCUUUUUAAUGUAACACCCUGCAGUUUAAACUUGGUUCCAAGUGUGGAAUCAGGAUUCUAGACAGAUGAUUAUAUAGAUUUGAACCUGCAUCUGUGUGUCCGUGUUUGUGUGUAUUUGUUUGUUCUUAGUCUGUCUGUGUGUGUGUUUCUUUGACCCUUUUAGCAUCUGUCUAGGCACACAAGUGUCUGUGUUGAGUCUGAGUACAUAUUCUGUGUUUGUGUUUCUCUGCUUGCUUGUCAAUCAGCUUUCCUGUCUGUCUAUCUGUGUCUACCUGCCUACACCUGCAUGUGUGUUUAUCUGCGUCUGUGUGUUCCUUCAGUGCAUUCAAGCUAAGACAUCAGACACAUUGUAAAGGUGCAACAGUACAAUAUUCUACAAUUGUUUAUGUUUAAAGAAAUGUCUUAAAAAGAGCCAAAGGUCUACCAUCAAAACAAUCAAAUCUAAAUCUAAUCUGUAGCUGUAACUCAAUGGAAUUUCUAAUCAAAGGUUUCUUUCAUUUUCCUUUCUGCAAAAGUGAAACGUUUCCCUGGGUUAACUAUCUGUAUACUAACAUGAGUUAUUAUUCACCUCUAGCCCUUGCUAUUAGAAUUUAAACCGUUCCUGAUUUAAAAAAGAGAAAGAAAAGUUAUUUGUUAUUAUCUUCCGUUUGACAUAAUAAAGUGCAACAAUGUACAUUCCAUUCCUCCCGUAUGUCGCUACUUGACUUCGUUCUGGCAUGUUGGUGACGUUUGGAAAUAUUUUGCAUGAAAGGCCAAUCAACUAUUAAAAUAUACAAUGAUAUUUUAAUCUUUUCUAAUAAUGUCUGAUCCCUCUGCAGGCCUGUUUUUAAUCUUUUUUGAUAAUUUGCAUUAUUUUAGUUUUUUCUUCUGGAGUAGAAUUUUAAUUUUCAGUGUGGCUCUUUAUAUAUCGUAACUCCAAAAACUCAAUUGCUGCCUGAAAACCUUUGUACGAAAAAAAAAACUGGAUAAAUAUUUCUCAGAAGAUGCUUAAAAAAAUGUUUGUACACUUCCGAAGAAGUUGUUUGGAGAAUGUCGGUUCAGCCGAAAUCAUAUUUUGUCAGUAUGCUGAAAGUGCAUAUUACACUAAAAUCUAGAAGAAGUCAAAAAAAGUUUCCAACUUAAUAUAUAAAAAGCUGUGAGUGUAUUAAACCAUUAGCUGAUCGUUACAGCAUCAGAGACCAAUCAAUCUAUCAAAACAGAACAAAUACGCUACAUGAACUAUAGUAUAUAGCAGGUUUAUACACAACGCACAUAUAUGCACUCACACCGCACACAACCACCCACAUGGUCUGAUUCGGGGGUUUUCUCAGUCUUUGGGAAACAUGGGUCGCCCUGUACGAUGCUGGGGUUCCCAUAGCAACAACAGCUGCUGCAGCAGACAGAGCAGGAAGUGUGUGUGUGUGUGUGUGUGUGUGUGUGUGUGUGUGUGUGUGUGUGUGUGUGUGUCUGAGGGAGAGGAGCAGGUCAGUGCUGAGAUGGGAGAGCAUGCAGACACUACAGGAGGAGCGCAGGAUAUGAGGAUUUUACAACGGCACACCUGUAGAGCAUAGACGGGGCUGUAGAUGCAUGUGUGCGUGAAUACGUGUGCACGCGUGUGUAAUGGAGGGUCACCUGUUUCAUGUCUACAGCCAUGUGUGCACUCUCAACAAUCUGUAUGCGGAGAAUAUGACGGUGAUCCUGGUGCAGGUGAACCCGGGGGAGACGUUCACCAUCCGGGCAGAGGAUGGCUCACUGCAAUGCAUCCAGGGUCCUGCUGAGGUUCCCAUGAUGUCCCCAAAUGGGUCAAUCCCCCCCAUCCACGUACCCCCAGGAUACAUCUCACAGGUGCUAGAGGAUAAUACGGGGGUCCGCCGGGUGGUGGUGACACCCCAGUCUCCAGAGUGCUACCCUCCCUCCUACUCUCCGGCCCUCUCCCCCACACACCACCUGCCCCCUUACCUGACUCACCCUCACUUCAUCCCCAACUCUCACUCAUUCUACCCCCCUGUCAGCCCCGGGGAGCUGCCCCCCCACCAGUACUACCAGCACCACCUUCCCCCCAUGUACGGCGAUCCAGAAAUCAUCCCAGUUUAUGGGAUGUCUAACUACAUCGGCAGAGAGGAGACGUACAGUAAGCCACAGCCCAAAAAGAUAAAGGAACAGAGGCAACUAGAGCGACAGAACCGACUUAACUCCCCCCCCUCCACUCUCUAUAAGGGCAGCCUGGGGCCAGCACACAACGGAUACAGCAACAAAUCACACGCCCCAUCGCUUGGGUCAGUGGGGUCGGGGGGCGGACUCUGCAGUCCGGGAGGGAAGAAGCCAGAGAGACGACUCCGCAGCAGUCCCCGAAACAGUGAACCAGAGACACACACACAAGAUCAUGAUUCAGAUGGGAAGCGUGUUCAAGACAUGCUGUGUGCAAUCGACAAACCACAGGUGUCCAAUGUGCAGGCGCGGGCCGCACGGCUGUCCUGGGCCCCCCCUGCAGGGCUGGUGAACAGGAUUAGUAACGGGAUGCCUGUGUCCUGCGCCUACGAGGUCUCUCUCUCAGAUAAGGGACGAGAUGGAAAGUAUCGCCUCAUAUACAGUGGCGAAGAAUCGGAGUACCAUCUGAAAGACUUAAGGCCAGCGUCAGACUACCACGUACGGGUGUCGGCAAUGUACAACUCUGUUCGAGGCUCGUGUUCAGAGGCCGGCUCGUUCACCACACACUGCAGCGCCCCCGACGUCCCGUUAACCCCGAAACUCUCCCACCGCACCAAGAGCACCCUCACCCUACAGUGGAAGCCGCCAGGCGACAACGGUUCCAAAAUCACAAACUACCUGCUCGAAUGGGAUGAGGGAAAGAAGAACAGUGUUUUCAGAGAAUGUUACUUUGGGAGCCAGAAACACUGUAAGCUGACAAGACUGUUCCCCGCCUGUGGCUACACGUUCAGAGUGGCUGCGCACAACGACAUUGGCACAAGUGGCUUCAGCACAGAGGUGGUGUUUUACACCAUGGGCACCCUGCCUGCUCUGCCGCUGGCACCGCGGCUGGUCAGGGCGGGGGUUUCCUGGGUGGCCUUGGAGUGGGGGCGUCCUGAGGCCAGUCCGAGCGAGGAGCAGCUCAAAUACACACUCGAGAUCCAGGAGGACAACAGCGGAAUAGACUUUCAUCCAAAGUACACUGGAGAAAACCUGACCUGUACUGUACAAGGCCUGAAGAGGAGUACACAGUAUAAAUUCAGGCUCAUCGCAUCAAACAUGGAGGGAAAGAGCAGUCCCAGUGAAGUGUUGGUCUGCACCACCAAUCCAGACAAACCAGGCCCUCCAUCCACACCCUGUGUCACUGCGGCGACACCCUACGGAUUUACUGUCACCUGGGAUCCUCCCCAGGACAACGGGGGCUCAGCAGCUCUUACGUACCUGCUAGAGAUCUCAGAGGGAGGCUCUGAAGCGAGCCAGUGGGAGGUAGCGUACAGUGGUCCAGCAACAGAAUGUGCGUGUGAGCGCCUGAUACCUGCGACCUUCUACCGCCUACGUGUGUGUAGCAUCACCACCGGAGGACACAGCCCGUGCACCGUUAGUGUUCCGGUCCGUACAUUAAGUGUCCCACCAGGGCCCUGCCAGCCGCCGAGGAUUGUGGGUAAAGCCAAACACAAGGAAGUGCAGUUAGAAUGGGAAGCCCUUGUUGCUGAAGGAGUAUGCGAGGAGUGUGUGUUCAGUCUGGAGAUGAGUGAGGUGGACACCAAGCCAGCAGAGGUUUACCAUGGGUCGGAGCUGCAGUGCACUGUUGGUAGUCUGCUGCCUGGUGCCACAUACAGCUUCCAACUGCGGGCUGCCAAUGAGGCUGGGUUCGGAGCGUACUCUGAGCCGACAGAGGUGACGACUGCAGCGGGCCCUCCUGGCCAGUGCGGGGCGCCACUCAUCACUCUCACCAGUAACACCUGCGUAACGCUCAACUGGGAGAGUCCCGAGGGUUCGGGCACAGACAUCUCCGAGUAUCGUUUGGAGUGGGCGAGGGAAGACGACCCCAUGGAGCUCAUCUACUGUGGAGCCGCCACACAGUGUGAACUGUCUGACCUGACGCCUGCCACAGAUUUCUGCUGCAGGCUACAGGCGGUGAAUCAGGCAGGUGCCGGUCCUUACAGCGAGCAGGUGAGUUUCCAGACCCCGGCAACGAAUCCCGACCCGGUCUCCUCCAUCACCCUCCUGGACCUCCCGACCUCCUCGGAGUCAGGUCACUCCCCAUCUACCUGCUUCCUCCUGAAGUGGGACGAGCCAAACAGCAACGGGGCAGAAAUCACCUCCUACGUCAUCACCCUGGACGACCAAACCAUCACUGUGGAAUCAGGGACAAGUCACCUUGUCGCAGGCCUGCAGCCAGACAGCGAAUACAGUGUACAUAUCCAGGCGGUGAAUGCCAUCGGCUCCGGUCCCUUGAGUCCACCCCUGCUGGAAAGGACUCGCCCCCUCCCUCCAGCCCCGCCCCCUCUUGAAUGCUCGGCGGCCGGCCCUCAGAGCCUGAAGCUGAAGUGGGGGGAAAACGCCAGCAACACGCACACCCGUGCCCUGCUCGCCGACGACAUGGUCUACACACUACAGAUGGAGGACAAGAACCACAGGUUUGUGACGAUCUACCGCGGCCCCAGCCACACCUACAAGGUCCAGCGAUUGACUGAGUCGAGCAGCUACAUCUUCAGAAUACAGGCCAUCAGCGAUGCAGGGGAGGGUCCUUUCUCUGACACACUCACCUUCUGCACCACCAAGUCUGUACCACCUGCCCUCAAAGCUCCCAGAGUGCACCAGCUAGAGGGGAACAUGUGUGAGAUCACAUGGGAGACCAUCGCACCAAUGAGAGGAGAUCCUGUCAGCUACGUGCUGCAGGUGCUGGUGGGACGCGAGUCAGAAUACAAACAGGUUUUUAAGGGAGAGGAGGGCAUGUUCCAAAUUUCUGGUCUCCAGGGCAACACAGACUAUCGUUUCCGCGUGGGCGCCUGCCGCCGUUGCCAGGAUACGUGCCAGGAACUCUGCGGACCGCUGAGCCCCUCGUCCUUGUUCACGCUGCGUCGCCAGGAGACGGCGUCAUCGGGGGAGCCGUGCGCCGUCGAAGCGGGCAAAGGCGCGGGCCUGAUCUCGAGCGAUGAGCGCUUCGCGGCGCUUAUUGUGUGCGUGUUCGCGGGGUUCUCCAUUCUCAUCGCCUGCUUGCUACAGUACUUCUUCAUGAAGUGAGGGAAUUUUAACUAUAGGAUAGAAAGAGAAAACAAAAUCACAGAGAAACUUUUAAAAAUACGUCUACGAAAGAACCGAAUGAAAUCAAAAAGAAACACUUGAUGUACUUCUUACAGCUAUGUAUGGUUGGUUUUUUUUUUAAGUCAGAUUAUCGAUUCUGGCUUUCCUCACCUUGCUCCUGUUGUCUUCUGCCAUCACUCAGUUUGGUGUCAUUUCUCUCUACGUCUCUGUUGUCUUCGUGUCAUUGUCCGUCUCAUCUGUUAAGGAUUUCUGUCGAGGUCUUAGUUGUACCUCGGUUGGGAAAGAAAACUGAUAAUCAAGCCUUAAAAUAGCUUUGAGCAAAGCAGUUGCUCCUCAGACUGACUUGCAUGUUUUUAUCGUGUAUCUUUUUAAAACAUAUUUGAUUAGAGAACGUGUAUAUUUCUUGACAGUCAUUGCCUUACAUUUGUUUUUGUUUUUCAAUGUGUAAGUUUCUUCUUUUUUCUUUUUUUUUUUGCUGCAGUCUUUAUUCAUUUCAGCCAUAUUCCAAUGUAGGCCGACAAAGCUUUAGCCGUUCAUACCUUAUUCAGUUUUCUACUACUACAGACUGUCAGUCAAUUCAUAUCGGCUAAGCUUUUAACAUUCAAUCACUCACUCAUUCAGCUACCAAAGUGAUGCAAUCCAUGUGUGGUGUAAGAUGCUGCUAUCCUGUGAUUUUAUUAUAUCUAAGAAAGAAUGGAAAACCAGUAAUCUAAUAUAUAUAUAUACACAAUAUAAAUAUAUAUAUAUACAUA